AUGUCUGUCACCACUGUCGACUAUUCCUCCAGAUUCAAGGCUCUUGUAAAACCAGCCAGGUUCUGGCGUAGUAACAAGACAACCCCUGUAAUCGAAAAAACCAUAGACUCAGAUACAACCAAGGAUGUAUCUCUUCCUGCAAUACUACUAGCUGCAGGACCCGCACCAGCACCAGCACCAGUUCCAGAAGAAAGUCAAGAGAAACCAAAGCUUAUUUUCAGGACACCUAGUUUCCUCUUAUCCAAAUCCUCGGAAAAUCUCCCAACUCCACGAUCUUCUUUUGAAACCAUUGCCCUCAGAGAGACCGCAAAGGACGAAAUCUACGAAUUAUCGACGGUCAACGAUUCCGGGCUCUAUCUCCCUCCUUCUCCUUGCGAAGAAACAAAACGUGACCAUUGGGUUGGCAUUGAUCAGGAGGCCAUGAUAUUUCGGCUGCCUAGUCCUGCUCAUUUAACCACACAACCUGGCCAGAAGCAUUGUUUCUUUACGCCCUCGACAACUAUUGCCGAGCAAUACACUUCAUUUGACUUGGCUUGA